AUGCUCGGGAUUGGGGGAGAGGGAGGGAUUGUUGGGGGUCGCCCCCCCGACGAGGAGCACCAAUGCAUGCCGGCGGAUGGGGGGUUGACGCCGUCGAUGCGGAGGAUCCCCCCAACGGGGCGCGAGGUGUGGGCGAAAGAAGAGCCUGCGGCCAGGCGUCAGCGUCUGGAAGAGGGCCGCAUUGACGUCCGUACGACAGCGGAAGCCCCGGAGGGGUCGAAUGCGGAACGGUGGGGCUCCGCAGGGCAGGGCUUUCCACGGUUGAGUGCUGUGGGCUCCGUGUUGAGCUGGAUGCCAGGCUUUAAGUACCUCCUCCCGUUCUUCAGUGUAGAUGAAGAUGAGGGAGAAGGGAAGGGGCACCCCAACGUGGACGCCCUGAAUGAGCCUAGCGGGGCCUUCCUCGACGGCCCUGCUCGCUCGUCCGGGCUUACCCCGCCGCCAGCGCUCUGGGGGAUAGUGGGACCCCGCAAAAAACAGGAAGGGGUGGGGUCGACCGCCCUGGCCCCGCUCAUGCGAUUCCCGAGUGAGGGCAAGGCGGCACCUGCUCACGCAGCGCCGUGUCUCUUGCCACAGCCCUCACAGUCCUCCUUCGCGUUGCCAACGGCAUUUAAAGCCACUGCAGAGAAUCCACAGCCCCCCCGUGCAAGACUUGAUGAUUCCGGCAUCCGGGUUCUCAGCCAUUCAGGACGACCAAGGGAUGAGAUCAAUGAGACCUCCUUUACUUCUCUCCGCACAUCUAACACCCAUUCUCUGACUAGCGCACUGCGAAGGGGAGUAAACACUUCAACAGUUGGUGACAAUUCACUUGUGGACAGCAAGUUUUUGGAUUAUAGCGCUUAA